AGCUAUAUAUAUCGAACUCUUUCGACGAACUCUUCUCAUAAUUUCUUCUUGGUUACAACUAGCUACUUCUUUUCUCCAACUCCAUUAAUUAACUUUGAAAAUAAGCCUUCAAUGGCCACUGUGGAUUCAAUCAACUUCACUAAUAAUGAGGCUGCGCUAAAGCAGGUGAGAGAAAACAAUAGAGGGACUGGAGUACCAGAAGCUGUGAAAAUAAACUUCAAUGAAAUUGAACAUGUGGCAACUUCCAAAAGUAAGGCAUCCCUUAUAAGAAAGAGCACAGGAGGGUGGAAAUUUGCAAGCCUCUUACUAGCGAAUCAAGCCCUAGCAACACUAGCUUUUUUUGGUGUUGGAGUGAACUUGGUUUUGUUUUUAACCAGAGUUCUUGAUCAGGAGAAUGCCGAUGCAGCCAACAGUGUUAGCAAGUGGACUGGAACUGUUUAUUUGUGCUCCCUAGUAGGUGCCUUUCUCAGUGACUCCUAUUGGGGUCGUUACUUAACAUGCACCAUCUUCCAGCUCAUCUUUGUACUGGGCUUGGCCUUAUUAUCUUUGUCAUCUUGGCUCUUCUUGUUCCAUCCUUCUGGUUGCGGCGAUGGAGAAACCAUGUGCAUGCCAGAAUCCUCAGUCGGCGUCGCGAUAUUUUACUUGUCCAUAUACUUGGUUGCAUUUGGAUAUGGUGGGUACCAACCUACUAUAGCAACCUUUGGAUCAGACCAGUUUGAUGAGGCAAAUCCUAAAGAGAGAGCUUCAAAAGCAGUUUUCUUUUGCUAUUUUUACUUUGCACUCAAUGUUGGGUCUCUUUUCUCAAACACCAUAUUGGUCUAUUAUGAGGAUACUGGCAAAUGGACUCUAGGGUUUGUGGUGUCACUGGGAUCUGCUGUCAUAGCCCUACUGUCCUUUUUGUUAGGUACACCAAGGUAUAGGUACAUAAUACCAUGUGGCAACCCUUUGCCGCGUAUCGCUCAGGUAUUCGUUGCUGCAGCUCGAAAAUGGAAUAUUGUUCCAGCUAACUCAGGUGACCUGUAUGAGGUGGAAGGACCAGAAUCUGCAAUCAAAGGGAGUCGAAAGAUUUAUCACAGUGAUGAAAUUGAGUUUUUGGACAAGGCAGCAACAAUAACAGAAGAUGAUCUUUCUGGCCCCAAGAAUCCAUGGAGGCUUUGUACUGUGACUCAAGUUGAAGAAGCCAAAUGCGUACUUAAAAUGUUACCCAUUUGGCUUUGCACUAUAAUCUACUCGGUGGUCUUCACACAAAUGGCCUCCCUCUUUGUAGAGCAAGGGGACGUGAUGAAAUCCAACUUUGGAGAUUUUCACCUCCCCGCCGCUAGCAUGUCUGCUUUUGACAUAUGUAGUGUUCUCAUUUGCACCGGAAUUUAUCGCCAACUUCUAGUGCCGCUUGCUGGAAAAAUAAGUGGAAACCCAAAAGGUUUAUCUGAGCUAAAAAGAAUGGGGAUAGGUCUAAUUAUUGGAAUGUUAUCGAUGAUUGCAGCCGGUGUCACAGAGAUUGCAAGGCUCAAACAUGUGCAGCCUCAUGAGAAGAUAAGCACUCUGAGCAUAUUUUGGCAAAUUCCACAGUACGUUCUUGUUGGUGCUUCAGAAGUUUUUAUGUAUGUUGGUCAACUGGAGUUCUUCAAUGGUCAAGCCCCAGAUGGGAUAAAAAGCUUUGGAAGUUCACUGUGCAUGGCUUCAAUAUCUCUUGGGAAUUAUGUGAGUAGCAUGCUGGUUUACAUGGUGAUGGGGAUCACAGCUAAAGGCAAAAGCCCUGGUUGGAUCCCAGAUGAUCUGAAUACAGGUCGCAUGGACAGGUUUUACUUCCUAAUUGCUGCCCUAACGGCUUUUGAUUUUGUAAUUUAUGUGUUUUGUGCUAAGUGGUACAAAGGCAUUGAGGUCACUAAAAAGGAAAUUCAGAUCAUGGAAAAUCAAGAAGAUGUGGGGAUCGGAAGAGUUUAGACCUUAAUGAGCAAGCCGAUGAGAUGAAUUUGGCAUAAGUUCUUAGAAUAAGCUUAUAUAUAGCAGAAGAUCAGAAAGCAUGACCUCUGUUAGCCUCCAAUAGAUUCGGAAUGAGGGAUGAUGGCUUUCCCAACUUGGUUUUAAUCUUGUUUAAUUAAGUUGGCAGUUUUGGUUUGCAAUAUUGUAAGUUUGGAAUAUAUAUUUUGGAAUAAACUGUCAUGUAAAUGCUUUUGAAUUU